GCAUGACUGGAUUGAUUGCUGAAUUGAAUGUAAUUCUGCAUUCUGCUGACAGUGGCAGAUUUGAAAAUUCUCGGAAAGCGCUAUACGCCACGACGAGGCGACAAAGCUAAACAAACAAAUUAAUUUUAUAUUAUGGUGCUACUUAUUUAAAUCAGUGUUUGUUGAAUUCGAAUAGUACUGAUUAUAUCUGCAUGUGAAGUAUAAACGAUACAAAUCAUGGGGGUAAAUACUUAGUGUACGUAAAUAUUUCGGUGUAAAAAAGUGCCUGUAACGAAAGAGCCAGUGAUAAAAAGUGCUUUAUUCGAAUAUAAUUCGUGAUAGGAACUUCUUUCAAAAGUGCAAUUUUAUUUAAUGCGGUCCUAUCGUGUCUCGGAGAAUGGAUCCCGGGUACUUUGAUAUAGAAAGGAAACAGGAUCCAAGGGAGAAGGCAAAUUUUUUGUCGAAACUAUGCUUCGGAUACACUCUCCCGGUGUUCGUGAAAGGUCGUAAAGGUCAGCUCAGCAUCUCGGAUGUGUACAGAUGCUUGCCUUACUUAAAGGCAACACCACGAGGCGAUGCUCUCGGUGCGAUGUGGACCCAAGAACUGAAGAAGAAAGAAUCGGGAAGAAAACCGUCCCUUCUCGCGGCCAUAUUAAGAAUAUACGGAUUAAAGUUUUUCAUUGGAAAUAUUAUAUUCUCCCUCUUCGAUACAGCUGCUAAGUUGUCGAUACCGCUAUGCCUGGAAGGUCUGAUAAAUUACUUCUCGCCGUCUCACGGCGGGGUCCCGUUCGAACACGCGUACCUAUACGCAGCUGGUGUGGUCGGUUGCAUGGUGGCGAGUGCUAUGAUGAUGCAUCCGUUCCUACUUUGGUUGCUGGACACGGCCGUCAAGAUCAGAGUAGGAUGCUGUUCGCUCUUAUACAGAAAGUUGCUUCGUAUAGAUUUAACCGUCGGUGGCAAGGCUACGGAAGGGCUGGCCGGUCACGUGGUCAAUCUCCUGACCACAGACGCCCAGCGCUUCGACAUGGCCUCGUUAUUCGCGAUGGACCUGAUCCGGACCCCGAUAGAUAGCACGAUCAUCAUCUACCUGAUGUAUAGGCAGAUCGGGGUGGCCACAUUAAUCGGGGUGGCGUUUCUGUUGCUCUUCAUUCCACUGCAAGGUUACCUGGGUAAAAUAUCCAGUAAUCUACGCAGGAAGGUGGCGGUGCGCACUGACCAUCGCAUCCGGCUGAUGAAUGAGGUAGUGCAAAGCAUAGAGGCUAUUAAGAUGUAUGCCUGGGAGAACGCCUUCGCUAGGAUCAUCGGAGAUGCUAGAAAGAAAGAAAUGAACGUGAUAAAGAAGAAGUCGUGGCUCCGGGCGGUGAUGAUAUCCUGCGUAAAGCUGAACACGAAGGUGGCGAUAUUCCUGAGCAUAAUAUCGUACAUCACCUUGGGCAAUGAACUGACAGCGGCCAAAGUCUUCGUGAUAUUCUCUUAUUACGACAUCCUGAAGUACACUCUGGUGGAUUUUUUGCCGCUCGCGAUAACGUUCACGCUGGAGGCGUACGUCAGCGUUAAGAGGAUACAGGAGUUCCUGCUCCUGCCCGAGGUGGAUAAUCAAGACGGAGUAGACCUGGUCACAAUCGAAGAGAAAACUCAGGUUCAGAACGGAGUCUUCGAGAAGAUCGGAAACGGCCAGCAAGCGUAUGUGAAGUCUGAAGCGAACCUGGAAAAUCUGAAACCUCAGGUCCUGGUGUCCAUGAAAGAUUUCAACGCGCACUGGAAAAACGCUGAGGACGAAUCUAUGGAUGGAAAAGUGACCGCAUUAGCUAAUAUUAAUCUUACUAUCAAACCAGAAACACUGACGACCAUUGUGGGCACGGUAGGUGCUGGUAAAUCGACGCUGCUCCAAGCGAUCUUACGUGAAAUAAUACCGAGCAGCGGACAUUUGGAGGUCAACGGCGUUGUCGCGUAUGCCGCCCAGGACCCGUGGCUGUUCGAAGCGUCCGUCCGUCAGAACAUACUCUUCGGCCAGGAGUUGGAUCUAAGGCGUUAUAAGCAAGUUAUACGAUGCUGUCAGCUGAAGAGCGACUUGGAGAUACUGCCGCACGGAGACAAGACUAUAGUCGGGGAGAGGGGUGCAUCAUUGUCAGGCGGUCAGAGGGCCAGGAUAUCUCUGGCGAGGUGCGUGUACCAGAAUGCGGACGUCUAUCUCCUCGACGACCCGCUGGCGGCCGUCGAUGCUAAAGUGGCGUCCGCCAUGUACGAGGAGUGCGUCCGCGGCAUGCUGCGCGACAAGGCGGUGCUGCUGGUCACCCACCACGUGCAGUACGCCAGGGGCGCCAGCAACGUGCUGCUCAUGAGGAGCGGGAAGAUAGUGGCGCAAGGCACGUACGAGGAGCUCAAAAGCUCAGUGCCUGAGUUCGAGAAGCUGAUUGAAAUGGGUGAGAAGGUCGAAGAGGAAAAGCUCAAGCAGAAAGCGGCGUCGUACGAGAAUCAGGAGAGCAUUGAACACAAACUGAAAUCGCAACGUUCAAUGUCUCAAGCGUCUCAAAUGUCAUUCAACAUUGACCUAGACAACAAUUUGGAUCCCAAAUAUGAAGGCGAAUCCCAAGGCACAGGGUCGGUGUCAAACAGCGUUUACAUGGCUUACGUUAGGAGCGGGGGCAACAAAUGGUCCAUGACCCUCUUGAUCGCUCUGUUCCUGGUUGCCCAAGUGUUCUAUUCAUCCACAGACGUUUGGCUGAAGGAGUGGGUCAAUCUGGAAGAGAAGAACAGCGUCAUAAACGUCACCAAGAACAACGAUACCUUGUCUCCUGAGACGCUCUUCAAGAACAUGCCGAGCAAUUAUUUCCAUCUGACGCGCGAACAGUGUCUGUACAUAUACGGAGGCCUCAUCGCUGUCUGCGUCUUCUUCACGUGGAACAAGCUCGUCGUCUUCUACAACACGUGCAUCAGGGCUUCCAUCAGCCUACACGACAACAUGUUCAAGGGAGUGACGUACGCGCCGAUGUGGUUCUUCCACCACAACCCUUCGGGCACGAUCCUGAACAGGUUCUCGAAGGACAUGGGACAAGUGGACACGUUGCUGCCGCUCGCUCUGGUCGACUGUCUAGGGUUCUUCCUGGAAGUGCUGGCCAUCCUGGUCGUGGUCUGCUUGGUCAACUGGUGGCUGAUACUGCCCACCGCGGUGGUGGCGGCGCUGCUGUUCCUACUCCGGGCCAUGUUCCUCGCCACCAGCAGGGACCUCAAGAGAAUCGAGGCUAUUGCCCGCAGCCAGUCCCUCAACCACGUGUCGUCGACGGUGCACGGGCUGCCCACCAUCCGCUCCACGCGGCAGCACCAGCGCGCCCUGGUCGCCGAGUUCGACAAGCUCCAGGACCUGCACAGCGCCGCCUGGUCCCUGGUGCUCUCCACCAACCGAGCGUUCGGUCUCUGGAUGGACAUGGUCUGCUGCAUGUACCUGGCUUUGGUCACGUUCAGUUUCUUUGUCUUCGCGAGUGGCGAUACUAUAGGGGGGAGCGUCGGUUUGGCCAUAACGCAGGUCAUAGGACUGGUGGGGAUGUGCCAGUACGGAAUGAGGCAGACUGCCGAGGUCGAGAACCAGAUGACGUCCGUGGAAAGGAUAUUGGAGUACACGAAUCUGCCCCCGGAACACCCCCUGGAGACGGACGAGGCCGCCAUCAGAAAGAACCACCCGGGUCUGGACCUCAGCAAGUGGCCAACUAAAGGCGAAAUUUCCUUCGAGAAUGUAUAUUUGGAGUACGAGAAACCGCCCAAAGGGAAGAACGAGGCUCCGAGACCCGAGGCCCCGGUCUACGCGAUCAAGGGAGUCAGUUUCAAGGUCCAGCCGGCGGAGAAGGUGGCCGUGGUAGGCAGGACAGGGGCAGGAAAGAGUUCGCUGCUCAACGCUCUAUUUAGGUUGAGUCGCAUCGCGGGCACGGUGUCGGUGGACCGCGUGACGGCCGAGCAGGUGGGGCUGCGCUGCUGGCGCUCGCGGCUCUGCGCCCUGCCGCAGCGCCCCGCGCUCUUCGCCGCCUCGCUCCGGGACAACCUCGACCCCACGCACUCCGCCACCGACGCGCAGAUAUACGCCGCGCUCGAACAGGUGGAAUUACUGGAUCUGGUCUCCAGUCUACCCGCAGGCCUGAACACGAAGCUGGGAGACGGCGGAGGCUCCCUGUCGUCUGGUCAGAGACAGUUGCUGUGCUUAGCGCGCGCCGCGCUGGCCGGCUCCAGCGUGCUGCUGCUGGACGAGGCCACCGCCAACGUGGACACCGAAACGGACAAGCAGAUCCAGCGCACGAUAAGGACGAAGUUCUCGAACGCGACCGUGCUCACGAUCGCUCACAGACUAAACACGGUCAUGGACUACGACAGGGUCAUUGUCAUGGAUAAGGGGCGCAUAGUGGAAUCUGGUCACCCCCACGAGCUCCUGACGCAGAGCGGCCCGGACCAGACCCGGAGGACGCUGCUGUCCAAGAACCAGGCGCCACUUGCCGUGCCGGAGGAAUGCGAGGGCGCGGUGCACAGAUCCAGGACCUACUCUGAGAAGUCCGCUGACUCCGAGCUGGAGGCGACGGGAGUUUUCAAGACCCUGGUCGAGCAGACGGGGAAGGAAACGGCAGCCAUGCUGAGGAGAGCCGCAGCAGAGAGCUACAAGACGUGGUUGGAAAAGAAAAAAUCUACUUAAGAACAAUUCGCAGUAUUGACUAUGACAAUCUAUCGUCACACUCGCAAACUUAAAACGAUAGUAUUAAGGUGAACGUAGUAUCGACUAGACAAGCUUAACGGAACGCGCUCUUGUUGUUGGACAUCACCUGGUCUCCGAACUCCAGUUCUUCGGAUUGGUCAUUCGAAGGCACCCGUAAAGUCAAAUUUAAUGGAAAUGCGUCCGUAUAAGCAAGAGAUUAAGGUCACAAUUUAUUAAAUAA